UAUUCAAUGGAAAUAUGAUAUGCAGGUUUAACUCGUAAUGAUGUAACAGUACAAGUCAAGCAACUACAUGUAUAAAUAAAACAAGACAAAGUGGAAUCUAAGUGCACCCUGGUUUAUUUUUAGACCAGUAGAGGUAGUGAAAGAUACAGAAAGACAAUAUUUGAUCACCAUGAUGAUAUUCAUUCUUCUGUUGUCAUUUGUUAGUGGAAUAGAAAGCACAAUAAGAUGUUUUGAAUGUGUAGAUGCCCCUCAUCCAGCUGAUUGUGGUGUGAUCACGCUGUGUCCCGAUUCAGAUCAAUGUAUGACCAGGCAGUUUGUUUCAAGUGGUGGUCUGAUCCUAUACACCAGUGGUUGUGAAUCCAAAUAUAAGUGUGGACUUCUAGGAAAACGUGAUAGAGAGGACAGCCAACUACUUGUACGAGGUAACACAGACAUACCUGUAUGCGAGCACUGUUGUAACGAUGACUUCUGUAACGUUAAUGGAUGCGGAGUAUCUAAACUUCCGCAACCAUACAGAGGUCCGUUUUGCUUGCAAUGCCAUGACGAGGACGAUCCUAGAAACUGUCGCCAUGUUGCCCAGUGUGCACUGGAGGAGACCUGUUCUGUCAAUCAAAUUCUUGAUCACAACUUUGAUGGAAUAGUGCGAUUUCACUCCGGUUGUAUACGUGACAUCCAAUGCACAGCCCUAGCACUGACGUCAAAGACGCACAACCUGUGUUUUAAAUGCUGUUCACAAGACUUUUGUAAUGACGAAUGCUCUUCUACCACGGCAGCAGUGACUCAUCGUUACUGAAACUUCUCUGUUGAAAUGAAAAAAGAAAGAAAAUCAUGUUUUGCAUAUAUAAAUAAAGAAAGAGUACUAA